AUGGCGAAUCAACGCGACCAUCAUCGUGAAGAUUACACAGUAGGAUGGGUGUGCGCGCUCCCCAUCGAACUCGCCGCGGCGAAAGAGAUGCUCGACGAAGAGCACGAAGCCUUCGACCACGACGCUAAUGACACGAACAUUUAUUCACUUGGGAAAAUGUGUGGACACAAUGUCGUCAUCGCUUGCCUACCGGAAGGCCAACCCGGCACGAACUCAGCUGCGACGGUCGCCGUCCAGAUGAAAUCGGCCUUCAGGUCACUCCGGUUUGGCCUAAUGGUAGGCAUUGGAGGAGGCGUUCCAAGCGACGAGGCAGAUAUACGGCUUGGGGAUGUGGUAGUUAGCAAGCCGCAAAAGAGACACGGCGGAGUGGUACAAUAUGACUUUGGGAAGGCUACGCCCAGUGGAUUCGAACGGACGAGCUUCCUAAAUAAUCCGCCAACUCUUCUCCUUAACGCCAUCGCUAGUCUUCGGGCCAACUAUAUUAGAGGGAAAUGCAAACUAUCAGAAUAUUUGUCUAAGCUUGAUUGCUUACCGGUCUUUGCACGCGAUACUGCUGGACCAGACGUUUUAUUCGAAGCAAACUACAACCAUGUAGGGGGAGCGGCAUGCGGACAAUGCAGUAAAGAAAAGUCAGUAACUCGACAGCCGCGGGAACAAAGGGCUGUGGUUCAUUACGGGACAAUAGCGUCAGGGAAUCAAGUUAUGAGAGACGCCAUUGAAAGAGAUAAAGUUAGCGCAGAGUUGGGAGGAGUUCUAUGCUUCGAGAUGGAGGCAGCAGGUCUAAUGAACAGCUUCCCCUGCCUCGUCAUCCGAGGCAUUUGCGACUACGCCGACUCGCAUAAAAGCAAGAAGUGGCAAGCAUACGCGGCCGGAACGGCAGCGGCGUAUGCAAAGGAAGUUCUCUCGGUGGUAAGAGCUAAUACAGCAAUGGCGUUACGAACUAUGGAGGAACGAGAUAGGGAGACGAAACAGUUUCUUCGGACUCUCUACACCUGUCCUUACGCAGAUCGCAAAGACAGGAAUCGUGAGCGCAUAGCAGGCACAUGUGAAUGGUUCAUUCAUCAUUCUAUUUUCCAAAACUGGAAAAGCGAUCAAGGGCCAAGCCUUCUAUGGGUGUCCGCAGAUCCAGGUUGCGGGAAAUCGGUUUUAGCAAAAUACCUGGUCGACCACAUCUUCCCAACAACCAUCGAACAGACUACCUGCUAUUUCUUUUUCAAAGAUGAUUUUACGGACCAAAAAAGCGCAGUGAAUGCCCUCUGUGCAAUAUUACGCCAGCUUUUCCUAGCAAAACCACACCUUUUACAGGACUCGAUCCUUGACAGAUAUGAUGUUGAUGGGGAUAAUUUCCUCCGAUCAUUUCGCGAAUUAUGGAGUACGCUUAUUACCGUCGCAACCGAUCAGAAGGCUGGAGAGAUUGUCUGUAUUCUAGACGCCUUAGACGAGUGCCAGGAUAGCGACCGGUCUCAGCUUAUCCACGCCCUAAAACAUCUCUCCGCCGCUGACCCGAAAAGGCUCCGUUUAAAGAUGCUGUUAACCAGCAGGCCAUAUGAUCAUAUACGGCGUGAAUUCCGAGAGUUGAGAAACCACACUCCUAUUAUUCAUCUCGGCGGUGAGGACCAGGUUGAAGUUGAGAAGAUAUCACGAGAGAUUGAUCUUGUAAUUCAAGACAGAAUUCAGGCUAUCGGCGCAAAUCAGUCACUGGAACAAGAGGAAUGUCAAUUUUUACGAGAUCAGCUAACACUUGUUCCUAAUCGCACCUAUCUCUGGGUCAAUCUUACACUAGAUGGAAUCGAGAAAACUCCAGGCUUUACGAGAGGGCAUAUCCGAAAAGUCAUACGUCAAAUACCUCAAACCCUUGAGGAAGCUUACAACAGAAUCCUAGACAGAAGCUUGAACCAGGAAAUAGCUAGGACGCUUUUGCAUAUCGUUGUUGCCGCAACGAGGCCACUAUCAUUAGACGAGCUAUCACUGAUGAUGGCAAUCAAAGGGCCUCACAAAUCUUACGACGACGUUAUUUGGGAACUAGAGCCAAAAGAGCGAUUUCGACGCUCCCUUCCAGAUCUCUGUGGCCUCUUUGUGGUGAUCGAUGAGAAAAUAUACUUACUGCACCAAACCACGAAGGAGUUCUUGGUUCGAGACGAUUCUUUGAACUUAUUGAAUGCCUCUUCUCUGCUUAACUCUCAGCACAGCUCACUUACAUGGAUGCAUUCACUUCAGCCAAGAGAGUCAAACAGAAUACUCGCGGAAAGAUGUAUUUGGUAUCUCACCUCAGAUUUUGCUGGGACUAGUCUUACAAAGCUACUCAACUAUUCUGCCCGUAAUUGGACCGCUCAUUUUCGCCUGGCUGCUAUACAGAGCGAGGAGGCAGAAGCAGGAUUGGCACGGGGACUUUGCGAGACAGGAGCAAGACAAUACAAGACUUGGUCCGCUAUAUAUGCGCUUCAUGCACAUCAGUUUCCCAAAUCUGGAAGCCCCAUUACUAUAGCAUCGUAUUGCGGGCUCGACGCGGUCGUGGGCCUACUGGUGGGAACCGGAUUGGCGAGUAUGGGCUUGAAGGAUACUCGCGAUCAGACGCUGUUAUUGAGGGCAGCGAGAUGUGGGUACGGGGCCGUUAUGAAGCUGCUACUGGGGACUGGGAAGGCGGACACAGACUCUAAAGACUCUGAGUACGGUCGAACGCCACUAUGGUGGGCAGCGAGCAACGGGCACGAGGCGGUAGUGAAGCAACUACUCAAGAUCGGGAAGGCGGACGUGAGCUCUAAGGAUAACUUAGGUCAGAUAUCGCUGUUCUUAGCCGCAGGUAGGGGCCAUAAGGCAGUGGUGAAGUUAUUACUUGAGACAGGAAAGGUAGGUAUAAAUUCGACGGAUACCUGGGGUCAUACGCCGCUAUCGUUAGCUGCAAAAAAUGGACAUGAGAACGUGGUGAGGCUACUACUGGAGACUGAGAAGGCAGACGCAGACUUGAAGAAUAACUAUCAUCAGACACCGUUGUCCUUAGCUGUGGAAAAUGGACACAAGGCAGUAGUGAGCCUACUACUGAAAACCGAGAAGGUAGAUGUGGACUCGAAGGAUGAAUAUGUUCGGACGCCGCUAUCAUUAGCCGCGAAAAGUGGACGCAAGGAGCUGGUGAUGCUACUACUCAAGACCGGAAAGGUGAAUAUCAACUCAAAGUCUGAGUAUGGUCGAACGCCGCUAUCGUUAGCGGCCAAAUAUGGGCAUGUGGCCGUGGUAAAGCUACUCCUCGAUACCGGGAAGGCGGACGUGAACUCUGAAGAUAACAUGGAUCAGACAGCACUAGGACUAGCCGCAGAGAGCGGUCACGAGGAGGUAGUGAGACUACUACUAGAGACUAGGAAGGUGAACGUUAACUCAAAGGCAGUGUAUGGUCGGACACCGUUAUGGCUUGCAGUGAAAAGUGGACGGGAGGCGGUAGUAAGGUUACUACUCGAGAUCGGGAAAGCGGAUAUAAACUUGGAAGAUGUAUACGGUCAGACUCCACUAUCAUUAGCUAUAGAGUGCGGGUACGAGGAGGUGAAGAGGCUGCUACUGGAAACUGGGAGGACUGGUGUGGACUCGAAAGAUGAAGACGACGAUAUGUCAUUCUCGUUGGCCAAAAAAGUGAGGCUACUGUACGAGAUCGGGAUAGCGGACGUAGAUACAUGUGGCCAGACAUCGUCAUUGCUGGCCACGAGGCGUAUCCCAAGAGGCAGAAGGGGGCUUCACCGACGAUCCUUCUGA